AUGCCAUGUAAAGAAUAUCAGGAUGCCAAAGCCUUGGGGACAGAGGAGACGCGAAAGAUACGAGCUUUUGUUCAAUGGCCAUCAUGGAGUGCGGUGUACCGUAUUUGUUUUCAGACGCGGAUAUACUUGGGGACAGAUAUCAUAUCCUUUUAUCCUAAUGUGGAUAUCAGCUGUGCGAGGCGUAGUCCAGCCACUUUCGCCGAGUUGAAGACAAACAACAACGUUGCUGAUCAAUGGGACUGGCACAUGGAAGGCGGUGUUGGAAACUUGGGAAUAGCUUAUACAGAGCCCAGCUAA